AGUGUGUGUGUGUGUGAGUGUGUGUGUGUGUGUGAGCACUAGCGAGAGAGCUCUGCUGCAGUGGAGGUGAGUGUGUGAGGGGGGACUGCAGCUCCGCUCUGCGCUCUCAGGGAUGUUGCCAAGGCACUGAAAACUUCACCUUCGCGAGUCGCAGCGUUGAAUGGGUCGUGUCCCUUCCUCCUGGGAGAACACAGCCUCUGCCUGGCCCGGAGCGAGGAGCGUGUGUGUGUGAGUGUGUGUGUAGCUAGCUCACCACCACCACCAUGAAGCUGAACCUGCUGCGGCAGCCCCAGGCAAUGGUGGCCCCGGAGCCCACGGGAGCCAGCACCACCAGCGCCAUGACCGCGUCCCCGGUGCCUGCCAUCUCCACCUCCGCCGGCAACUCCAGCGAAUCCGAGGGGACCGUCAACAAGAACGACGUCUUUGAGGAGAUCAAGAGCAAGUUCCUCAACGAGAUUGACAAAAUCCCACUACCACCCUGGGCGAUCAUCGCUAUCGCCGUGGUAGCGGGCCUGCUCAUCAUCACCUGCUGCUUCUGCAUCAUCAAGAAGUGCUGCUGCAAGAAGAAGAAGAACAAGAAGGGCAAGAAGGGCAAGGACGGCUUCAACAUGAAGAACAUGCAGGGAGAUAAACAUCAGGAUGACGACGAUGAGGAAGGUGAGACAGGGCUGACAGAGGAAGAGAAGGAGGAAGAGGAGAAGGAGGUUGAGAUGCUGGGAAAACUGCAGUAUUCACUGGCUUACGACUUCACAGACAAUAAGCUGACCGUGGGCAUCCUUCAGUGCGCCGACCUGGUUUCCAUGGAUUCAGGUGGCACCUCCGACCCCUACGUGAAGGUCUUUAUUCUUCCCGACAAGAAGAAGAAAUUUGACACAAAGGUGCAAAAGAAAAACCUAAAUCCAGUGUUCAACGAGUCCUUCGUUUUCAAGCUUCCCUAUGAAGAGCUUGGAGGGAAGACGCUGGUCAUGUCUGUGUACGACUACGACCGCUUUUCCAAGCACGACAUCAUCGGGGAGGUGAAGAUUGACUUCAAAUCCAUUGACCUGGGAAAACCCAUUGAGGAGUGGAAGGAGCUGGAAAGUGUCGAGAAAGAGGAGCCGGAGAAGCUGGGAGACAUCUGCAUCUCGCUGCGCUACGUGCCCACAGCCGGCAAACUCACCGUCAACGUCCUGGAGGCCAAGAACCUCAAGAAGAUGGACGUUGGUGGACUUUCCGAUCCUUAUGUGAAGAUCCAGGUGCUUCAGAAUGGCAAGAAGUUCAAGAAGAAGAAGACCACGGUGAAGAAGAACACCCUGAAUCCCUACUUUAAUGAGUCCUUCAGCUUUGAGAUCCCUCUGGAACAGAUGCAGAAAAUCCUGGUAGUGGUCACCGUCUUUGACUACGACAAGAUCGGCUCAAACGACGCCAUCGGGAAGCUGUUCAUCGGUAGCAAGGCGUCAGGCACGGAGAUGAAGCACUGGGCCGACAUGCUGGCCAACCCACGCCGGCCCAUUGCCCAGUGGCACCCGCUCCGUCCAGAGGAGGAUGUGGACGGAGCCCUGGCCUCGCUCUUUGCCAAGAAGUAAUGCCAUGGAGACCAGCUGACGCCAUGGAAACCAACCAACUAACCAACCAACCAACCAACCAACCCACAAACCGACUAACCAACCCUCCCCUCAUCCUCCGCCUAAUCUUCGUAUUCUUCCUGAUCAUACUCUUCCUCCUCGUACUCCUCGCUCCACUGCAUGAGUGUCAUGACCCACUGUACACCCCCCCACGCCUCUCAGCAAUCCUCCGUAUCCAGUACUCACAGUAUGAACACCAUAGGGGGGAAGGGGUGGGGUGGGGGGAUCAAAUGUAAACUCCAUUGAUGAGUUUUAACUCCAAAUUUACACUCUCACUGUCUUCAUCACCAGUUAGUGCACAGUGAGGGCCAAGUGUGUGUGAAAUGACGAGAGCCGGAUAGAUCGACGUGUGUGACUUGUUUAUAGCUCAGCGCUGACUGGUAACUUGUUGAAAUGUGUUUACUAAAGACGAGCUUUCCGAUAGUCUACAUUUUAUAGAUGCCAUUACGUUUUUUCACCUUCUGGAUGAGUCUUCCGAUAGGUGUUACAGUAUAUCCACAGACAGCACUCAGGCAUUGCAAAGUGCUGAGUGAGUAAAGUGCCAUUCAUAUCGACAGAAUUCAUCAGCAACUACUAGUGAAUAACAUACACAUUAAAUAUUUGCCAUUAUUUUCUUUGUUCUCUGGUUGAAGAACUAGUUGUACUCCAGGUGUUGUUAUGAUGUCCGUUUGGGGCUGGGUAGACAUAGUUUAUGGCCUUUUGGCAUCUUGAAUGAUGAUAAUGUGUGCCUAACUGUUACCAUUGACACAGGUUUUCUUGACUGCAGCAGCCAAGGUAAACCAGAGCAUUGUAAUAAAUGUAAUUGUUGCAAUUCAAAAGAAGUCAGCCAAUAACCCAACUAUGGAGAGAACAGAAAUAGCCUAAGGAUAUUCUUUAAAGCGAUGACAGACAUACCUUAAGUAUAUAGUGCCAUGAAAAGCAAUUAUUUUAACAUGUAUUCUCAUGUGCUUUUCCGGUAGAAAGAGUCAGAUAAUUUCACGUAGGCAUAGGCAACACAUUGCGUAAUGUUACACAUAUGGCUGGGAAAUUCUGAGCCAACUAAAGCAAUUUAACCCAACCCACCCAAUUCAGUGUCCUUCGAAUGUGAUGAUGGUACAUGUGCAGGAAUGUCCAGGGAGACGCAUGUGAGAGUGGGGCACUUUAUCUGUUGUCAUAGAGGGGUCAAUCUCAUGUACCUCAUGGGUCAGAGGACACUGCUUUCACAUACAGCCACCAGGCGACUCAUGGGACACAUUUACUGUUACAGCAGAGCCUAUAUUAGUCUUAGACCCUCUGCACACUAACCCGGGUACAUUUGAAAACACACAAUUAUGUCUCUGUUUCUUCUGUCCACACUGAAACAUGUAGUCUAACAAUGUUCAGGACAUCACUCAUGCUAUAAGAGAACCUCAGCUCUACACUAAGGACACACACACACACACACACACACACACACACACACACACACACACACAUGCUGCAUAGAGCAUGCUGUGGCUGCACACAUCUGCUAUUUCAAUGUUUUAGGACAUUCCCUCAUUUAGUGACAUGGCACACACACACACACACACACACACACACACACACACACACAAAGUGAUGAUUACUCAUUCAGAACACACACUCUCACACAAACACACAUAUAUACACUCACAUCCGCAGGCACAGAACUCAGACACAUUGAGUGACUCACACACAGUCACACAAACACCCAACCACAUACACACACACACACACACACACAUUCAGACUUGUCUGCGAUGUGUUUAAUUUCACUGCCUUUUGUUUGUGUUAAGCAAACCUCACUGAUGUGCCCCUCUCAAACCCAUCCAAUUCACAGCGUCGCCCAUUUAAUAAGCCAAAGUACUCGCUCAGUUCUGGAGGUCUAACAGCGCAGUUGUGUGUCAGGCAUGCGUUAGUGUCAGUGUCCCUCCACAGGAUUGCAGCCGUCUCCUGCUGUGUAGAUGAGCCCAUAUAGAGCAGCUGAGAACCAAGGAGAAAGACAAGAGACUCCAUCAAGUCAGUUCAUCAGUGAGCACUUUCAACUCCCCUCUUCUCCCCACCCGAUUGUGUACAUAAUGCAUUCAGCAAAACUUGUCAAUACCGCAUGUACCAAGACAAUGUUGUAAAUAGAAGCAUGUUUUCAAGAUAGGACAUAAUGAUAUUGUGUAUGUGUGUGUGUGAGCGUGUGGCAUUUGUCGAUUUGAUAAUAAAAUGAGAAGAGAAAAUGCACUGACUGCACAUUUUAUGUAACUCCUCCUGGGCGGGUGCUGGACUCAACAUAAAAGUAGAUAAAAUGGUUAUAUAUUUAAAAAAAAUUCAGGUUCUUUUCAUGUUUAGAACACGCUUGUUAAGAGUUGUGUGCAAGAUCAGUGUUGAAACCAUAUUCAGCAUCUUGUUGGAUUUUAUUUCAAAUGUUUAUGUUAUUAUGUGUUAUUUUUAUAUACUUAACAGUUAUUUGUAUUUUGUCAAUAUUACAUAAAAACUGCACUGGAGAAUCUUUUCUGGUUAUACAUAGGGGUCUACAAGUCAACUGAUUUUCAAUGGAAUCCCAAUUCAAUUCCUAAACAGCUAACUGGAUCUGGUUCAGAUCUGGCCCUCAUCCGCUAAACCCAUGCCAGACCAGGCUCCAUAGCUCCUCCAGAGUCAAGCAUUGUUUGAUUGCAUUACUGUGUGAUUGCAGUGUUUGAUUGACUGCACAGGUCAGGACUGCUCAUUCACGAUCGAAUGACAGGUAAACCAAAAAAAAGAGAAAGAAAAUGCAAAGCUGCAUCCUGACCCAAACUAAAAUGCACAGGAAACACUGAGUGUAUACUAAAGAACAGCAAAACACUCAGACGCUUAGACUUGUAGCCCUCCCUGAUUAGUUUGUCCCUCUGUUUAGCUUUCUCUCAUGCUAGACACACUGCCUCAUAUAGCUGAUGACACUGGAGCACUGGACCCAAUGGCCAGAGCUUGACCAGAUGUAUUCCAGAGUCAGAGGUUAUCUGAUGCAACAUUUGCAAUGUAUUUUCAUUCACGUGUAUGAACUCUCAUCCAAACAAUAAGCCAUAAAUGCCAUGAGACAAGAAGAUCCUCUGACUCUUACUGUAAAACAAAUGUUGUAGUCAUUGUGAAGGUGGGGAGGACAUGUCUCCCUUGUUUUUGUAGAGUUAGCGAUUUAAAGCUUUUACAUUUUGAGGCAGUCUGUUCAAAGACUGCCUCCCGGGUUUUAUUUUUAUUGUUCCUAAUCAACAUCAACUGUGUUUUGAAUCCCAGAUGUAUUUUGUACACACGGAGAAGAGUGCGGAUGACAUGCAGUGAGAGAGUGGGAGGGCAUUAAAUGUGCUCACGCGUAAUGUAGCCACAUGCUAGUUCAUUUGGUGUUUUGCAUUUAAGAAGACAAAUGUAUGACUGCUUGCUCAAUGUGUGGUGAAACUGUAGCGCUCCAUGAGUGUCGGUGGCAUGAUUUUGAAAUAUAGCAUCUGUUUCCACAGUCACUUUCAGAUAGUCUAGUACUUUAUUUUCUAAUAGUGUGGACACGGUUUGCUUCAUUUUGGAUUGAUUUAGAAUCUACACAUGAACACACACACACACACACACACAUAUAUAUAUAUAUAUAUAUAUAUAUAUAUAUAUAGAAAUAUCAUCUGAUACAUACUUUUUUUCAAUUCAAAUUAUCAUGAUUGAUGAAAAUCAUUUAUGGUGUAAAACAUUAAAAAUACUAUAUGGAUUAAUACAAUAGUAUGACAGCAGUCUAGAUUUUGGAUAUAUGCAGUAUAUAUAACAAAGAUUUUUCUAUAAUAAUUAAUAAUAAAAAAAUACUCAGAGAAAAAUAUAGAUUUUACGGCUAGGAGGCUAGGAACUUAAACAAUCAAUGUUUGUUUGAAACAUGGAUUUUUCAAGUAUCUCAAAGAGCGGAUGGUUUCUCAGAGAAGCAUGCCAUUUACUUGUGUUUAUCACUGUGUGUACGAAGAGUAAUAAAUCAUCUCAAUGAUUUCCUUCAUUUAUCUGUUUCCUUCAGUGUGCAUUUUAAACUAGCCCAUGUGACAACCCUUGAUUGUGAUUUUGAUUGUAAUUUUGCCCUCCUUCUCAUGGUUCUCCAUGGGGUUGUGUUGUGUGCUAUGCACCGGGGUCUGGGGUAGGUGCUCUGACGUGCUGUGUGCUUUCUGUUGUUCUCUGAGCCAUUUCGGACUCUUCUUCAGCAGCUCGCUCGCUCGCUCUCUCUCUCUUUUUCUCUGUGUGUGUUGGCUUUAAGUGUUGUGUUUCGCACUAGGAUAAACGGAGCCUACUGUGUCCUCUCUGUCCCUGACCUUUCAAAAAAGAAAAAAAAGGAAAGAAAGAAAGAAAAUAAACUGCGGGGGAUCCAGUGACCCCUGUGACGCAGGCAACAGAAAUCCCCCCCCUACCCCUUCCCUUCUUGGGACACUGUGGAGGCCCCACAUAUUCGCCUUGUGUUGAACAAACUCUUAUUUUCCAGGUGGACCAAUGUUGUCACAAAGCUUUUCUUCUCAAUGCAAUACUGCCGACCCCCUGCAGCUUACUAAUGCCCUCUACCAUGCCCGUCACCUCCGACAUGACUACUGUCCAUCGCCCCCUCCUCUCCCCUCACAGCUACUUCCUGUUUUUCUGGCCUCUUCCUCUUGUUAUUCUUCCUCCUAUUAUUAUUUUCUUCUUCUUCUUCUACUUCUUCUUCAAUCUCUUGUAGAGGUAUCUGUGUUGGUAGCUGUUCCUACUGUGGAUGCUUUGGCAUGCUUCGCUCCCUUAUGAUAAGGACAUAUCACUGUUGAACAUAACAUCCCUUCUACAAUAAAUCCCUAAGGCUUUUUGUCAUCCCUGUGUAAAUCAAACAGUGAACAGUGUUGAAUCCUCAAGGGCACCACAUAAAAGGUCUCCAUAACAGAUUUACUCCAUGUGUUAUCAACUAGCAAUCGUAAGAAAUAAAGGCCUUUUAACUAC